UCUGUGUGAAGCAGAACACUUUGCUCUUCAUCUUUCUUGGCGCUGUAGACCGACUCACGUUGAAGGCUAAAGUCGAGGGGUCUUUAAGGGAGUUAACGAGUAAGCCAAUAGUUAAUCUUCUCCUGCUGUGCUAAAAAAUAAUAAAGCAAAAGUAAUAAAGUUGGAAACCAAGCGCCAGAGCAGCAGCCUGUGCCAGUGCAAAGACAAGGAAAGGAAACAAGUUUUAUGCCGCAAUGGACCCGGCAAAGUUUUCCAGGAAGCUCUGGUGCGCGCGCAGAGAGCUCAUCCUGCUACUCGCCCCGCUACUCCUGCUCCCGCUGCUCUUCGUUGUGCCGCCAAAGGAGGGCAAAUGUUUGUAUGUGGUGCUUCUGAUGGCGGUGUACUGGUGUACCGAAGCGCUCCCGCUGGCAGUGACUGCCAUGCUUCCCGUGUGCCUCUUCCCCACCAUGGGAAUCCUGCCUUCUAAGAAGGUCUGUCCACAGUAUUUUCUGGAGACUAACUUCUUGUUCCUGAGUGGUUUAGUGAUGGCAUCUGCUAUAGAGGAGUGGGGUCUUCAUCGCCGUAUAGCACUCAAAGUGCUGAAGAUUGUAGGAGUGAAACCUGCCUGGCUGAUUUUAGGCAUGAUGAUCACUUCCUCUUUCCUGUCAAUGUGGUUGAGUAAUACAGCCACAACCGCAAUGAUGCUGCCCAUUGCUAAUGCCAUACUGGAAAGCUUGUUUGGAAAUCUGGAGACUCUAAAAGAGAACUGCAAGGACAAACGGGACCCAGAGGGUGAUUCUCAGGUGAAGAUGCAUGUGCUUCCUUUUGAAAAACAAAUACUGACCACAGAUGACAGACCUGACUGGACAGACAGAUCAGAGCAAAAGAAUCUGGAAGAGGUCAGAAGAGAGGCAGAAUACCAGAUGAAAGUGUGGAAAGGAUUUCUGAUUUGUAUUCCUUAUGCUGCAAGCAUCGGAGGAACUGCAACCCUCACUGGCACAGCCCCUAACCUGAUCCUGGUGGGUCAGCUCAAGAGCUACUUUCCUGAAUGUGACCUCAUAAACUUCGGCUCAUGGUUUGUCUUCGCCUUCCCGCUCAUGCUCCUCUUCCUCAUUCUGGGCUGGAUCUGGAUUGCUUUCCUCUAUGGCGGGAUUAAUACACGACUUUGUAUUAGCAAACAUGAUGAACGGGCAGCUGCAGAAGCAAAAGCAACAGCUGUUAUUGAUGAAGACUACAGGAAAUUGGGCCCAAUAAAGUUUGCAGAAGGAUCUAUCGCUUUCUUCUUCGUUAUUUUUGCCAUCCUUCUGUUCACACGAGAUCCGAAGUUUGUUACAGGAUGGUCGGUUUUCUUCACCAAAGGCUAUGUAUCUGACGCUGUUACUGGAGUCAUCAUCAUCUCCAUCCUCUUUUUCUUUCCAUCCCAGCGUCCAUCUCUCCGCUGGUGGUUCGAUUCAAGAGCCUCAAAUACUCCAUACGUGCCUCUGUUGUCAUGGAGAAAAGCUCAAGAGUGUGUGCCAUGGAAUAUUAUUUUGCUGCUGGGUGGUGGAUUUGCAAUGGCCAAAGGCUGUGAGGAGUCAGGGUUAGCAGUAUGGAUAGGAAACCACUUGCAGCCUCUUGCCCAGGUCCCUCCCGCUGUCGCAGUCAUGCUCAUCACAGCCUUCAUCGCCUGCUUCACUGAAUUUGCCAGUAACACGGCCACCAUAAUCAUCUUUCUCCCUGUCAUUGCUGAACUGGCCAUCCGUGUGAAAGUCAACCCACUGUACUUCAUGAUUCCAGCAACGACCGGUUGCUCUUACGCUUUCAUGCUUCCGGUAUCCACACCUCCCAACUCAAUUGCAUUUGCCUCCGGACACCUUAUGGUCAAGGAUAUGGUGAAAACAGGGUUUGUGAUGAACAUCCUGGGAAUUAUGUGCGUGUCUCUUGCUGUGAACACAUGGGGUCUUCAUAUGUUCAAUCUACACAUGUACCCUGAUUGGGCAAGACCUUUAAAUGGUUCCUUAGCAACUGUGGCUACACAUACUGUAUCAGCUAUGAAUAUGACAGGCUAGAGAACAACUACAGAGAUGGAAAUGGACACCCUUACAAAAAAUAAGAAUACUUCAAGUUAAUUUUAUUAAGUAUACUUAAGUAAAUUUCAAGUAUAUUUUUAAGUAUACCUUAUGUAGUAAGUAUACCGAUAUCAAUGUAAUAGUAGUAUACUUAAGUGUACUAUUUCAAUAAUACUUGGGAAUACUAAAUUGGCCCACAUUUCAUUGUAUAAAUGUAUACUUUUAAGUUUACCCGGGUUUUAUUUUGUAGAAACCAUAGAAACACCAAAGACUCUUUAAUAUAUUAUGUGUUUUAUUAGACAGGUGAGCAACUGUUUGGAUACAUUCAUCGACAGAAAACUAUUCAUGUUAUAUAGCUCAACACAGUAAGUCUUAUUGUUUAAAUCUCGUUUUCUUGAUUUACAGCGAGUACCAUGUUUUACCAUGCCUAAUAUUGAUCUAGCUUACUGCAGUGUGCAACAAGUGUCUCAUAGCAGCUGCCGAGCGAACGCACAGAGUAGCAUUAUAACAACUUUCAACACACAAAUGUAUCUAAUACGUUAAAAUACCAAUGCUUUACCCCACAUACGCUUGACCGGAAGAAGCGGAAGCGGCGACUGUGGCAUAAUAAAAGUUCCGCUGCUCUCGAGACGUGUGUCGUGCUCGUCUCUGAUUAGCAAUCGCUCCUUUUCCACCAGCUGUAGACAUAAAGACAACUCCUCCCAUUAUUCUGCAAAAUCAAGGCGUCAUCAAGCUACACCUUUGUUUUGAAUAAGCGACCUCUAGUGGUGAAACUUUACAUAUUGUGCCUUUAACAUCAUACUUAUAGUUUACAAUUUAUAUAUUUUUGCACUUUAAGUAUACUAUUGUGUUCCUGUUUAGGUAUUAAUUUUUUAUACGUGAAAUGGACCUUUAAGUGUACUUUAAGUAGAUUUGAAGUAAAUUCCUAUGUACACUACUAGUGGACUACACAAAAAUUAACAUACUCAGAAUUAGGAACAUAUCUGUUGUCUUUAUAAAUCAAUAUUUUCAAACAAUGUAAGUUUAUAAGUAUGUAAAACUAUGUGAAAAAUAGUAUUUAUAGUAUUUACUUCUCAAUCAAAAGAAUAAUUUAUAGGCCAAGAAUAAUAGAAUAAUAUUAUUAUAGGCCAAAUAUACUUUGACUUUUCUGUCAGUGUAAGUCAAUUAUACUUAAUUGUAAUUAAGUAUUUCUGAAAAGUGCAUUAAAAAGUAGACUGAAAGUAUACUUUCUUAUUUUUAGUUUUAAAGUAUACUAAUAGCACACUUGAAUUAACUUGUUUUUUGUAAGGGCACACAUGCAUAUACAUACACAUUCAGUCAAGAUUCUGUAUAUACUAUAGAUAUAAGACUAAAAACAAAUGGAAAAAUUGCUUAACUGAGGGAUUCCUGCUGUGGAUGGAUCAACACUAUCAUGACCUCACUUCCUGCUCAGCACUGCUCUCUUAUGCCUUGAUGCCACUUCACAAAUUGAAGCAGGAAAUUUAAAAAUAUGUACCAUAUUUAUAUAUGUAGUUUUAAACUGAUAGUAAGCAUGUUUUAAAUUCAACAUGCUGUCAAUAAAAAUCUCAUAAUUUUUAAUAAAUUAUCCUCUGCAUAUUUUUUUAGAUUGUAAAUUUGUUGUAUUAAUGUCAAUUGUAUUUAUGUAAAAUUUUAUUGUAUUUAUGUAAUGUAUGCAGUAAUUAAUAAUUAUGUAACAUUUCUAUGUUAAAUGUUUAUAAUCUUGUGUUCAUUAUCCAUAAAUCCUAAUUAAAGCUUGGGUGCAACAAAA